CCGUUUGUUUAUGAUUGUGAUUUGUCAUUAAAAAAAAAUAUAUAACAAUAUUAAAUUUGUAUUAAUUAAUUAAGACAGAAAUUUUAAAAUGUGCAGUCGUUUCCGUUUAUUGUCAGAAUAGAGGUUAUAAUUUCAAAGUAUUAACCGUCCAAGUGGUCGGCGUUAAACGAUACAAGUUUGGAAAAAAUGACUAUGUUUCAGAAUCUAUCACCAACCCAGAAGUUGCAAGCGGCCGUACAUAAAGACGUACGAGGUAUUUGUACUGAGGCUUGCCACUUUCUAGGCUUGGAAAUCACUAAACCAGCAAUCGAAGUGAUUGCGGAGCUGGUUUUUAAGAAAUGCCGUGUAUAUGGAUCAGAUUUAGAGGCAUUCGCUAAACACGCAAAACGUUCAACAAUCAACGCUGAAGAUGUCAAGUUAUUAGUUCGAAGAAAUCUAUCUCUGAAAUCACGCCUCCACUCGCUAAGUUCCAACUCUGGAAAGGAUAAACGAAGGAAAACAGUGCCAGCAGUGAAACAAGAUGAAUCUAAAGAGUCGAAGGAGUCGGACAUCGAAGAUAUGGUGGCCGAUCAAAUCGACCUCACCUUUGAUUAAAACUCGCGGUGUAUAUAAAUUAAUAAAUUAAGCUUAUCAAGAUUUUUAUACAUUAAACGCCUAAUCGAUGAAUAUUGUUUCA